AUGGCAGACGAACAUAUGGUCGGUGCUGAAGAUGAUGAUGUUCAGUUUAUGCGAACGGAAGAUCGUUUAUGUCUAAGUUGUGUACCUGUAUCAGGUGUAAAACGUAUGGCUUUAUCGGGCGAAGUAUUUGGAAAUCGAAUGUGUUAUCUUGAAGAUAUAUCAAAUGAGGUUUGUUGUCCUGAUUUGGCAUCAUGUAUAUUCGUACUCGAACAAGCUGUAUCAGUUCGAGCUUUACAAGAAAUGGUUAAUACAACUUCACCUGAACAGUCGUCAGCAAGCCAAGGAGGUCAAACAACAUUUCGAACAUUAUUAUAUGGUCAUGCUGUUCUUCUUCGACACUAUCACAGUCAAAUGUACUUGAGUUGUCUAUCGACAAGUACAUCAAAUGACAAGCUCGCGUUUGAUGUAGGCUUAAAAGAAGAUGCACAAGGCGAAUCUUGUUGGUGGACUAUUCAUCCAGCAUCAAAACAAAGAAGUGAAGGUGAAAAAGUGCGCUUCAAUGAUGAUGUUAUAUUGGUUUCAGUUUUUUCUGAACGAUAUCUUCAUGCAUAUAUGUCAACAAGUGAACGUGGACGAGUAAAUGCAUCAUUUCGUCAACAAGUAUGGAGUUUAGUACCAAUAUCGAGUGGUGUAGCACGUGUGAAAAAUCCCGGAUUUGUUCUUGGUGGUGAUGUUAUACGAAUAGUACAUGGAAAUAUGGAUCAUUGUAUUACAACACCACCACCAGACUCUCAAGUUAUUGAUGAUUCUGGAAGUCUCUUCAUUAAAAGUGGUGCUGCUUGUCAACAAGCUCGAUCAUUAUGGCGUAUUGAAUGUUUUAAAAUAAAAUGGUAUAGUGGUUUUGUUGGUUGGAGUUCAUUAGUUCGCCUUCGACAUGUCACAUCAGGUCUUUAUUUAGCUGUUAUCGGUGAUGAAAAUGGUCCAAAAGUAACAUGUAUAUCGAAGAAGAAUGCCAGUGCUAUUGCUGUCACUUUCGAAAUGAAAAUGACAAAGGAAAAACAAGCCGAAGAAUUAACUGAACAAGAAAAUUUAGGAGUACCAACAAUAAAAUAUGGUGAUACAAUUGUUUUUAUUCGUCAUGUUGAUUCAGAUCUUUGGAUUAGUUAUGAAACGUUAGAAUUAACUAUAAAAGGAAUUGGAAAAGUGGAAGAAAAACGAAUUAUCCCUGCUGUUGAAGGUCAUAUGGAUGAUUGUUUUCGUCUUGUUCGAGCUCAAGAACAAGAACAAAAAACUGCAUUAGUUAUUCGAAUUUGUAAUGCAAUUCUUGGAAGAUUUAAUCGAACAGAUCCAAUGUCGAUUGAUGCAGAAGCCGUGAAUCAUUUAUUAAGCAAAAGUGAUGUUGUUCAAGCUUUAUUACAAGAUUUAAUUGGUUUUUUUUCUCAACCAUCGCUCACAUUGGAUCAUGAAGAAAGACAAUUACGUCUUAAAGUUUUACGAAAUCGACAAGAUUUGUUUCAAGAAGAAGGAAUGAUUCGAGUAUUAAUAGCAGCAAUAAAUUUUUUUAGUGAACGUAGAGAUAAAGCAUUAUUAUUAGAAGGUGUUGAAGAAAAAAUCGAAAAUAUUACAAAUAAACUUUAUGUUGUUUUGGCUGCAUUAAUUAAAGGAAAUCGUACAAAUUGUUCAAAUUUUGCACAAAGUGCACGACUUAAUUGGCUUGUUAAUCGUUUACAAUCACAACAAGCAUCUAGUGGUGUAUUAGAAGUACUUCAUAGUGUACUUGUUGAUAGUCCUGAAGUUUUAAAUAUGAUAACAGAAUCUCAUAUACUUGCAAUUCUUGGUUUAUUGGAUCGAAAUGGUCGUGAUCCAAAAGUACUUGAUGUACUUUGUUCACUUUGUGUUAAUAAUGGUGUAGCUGUUCGUGCUAAUCAAAAUCUUAUCUGUGAAAAUAUUUUACAACGACGUGAUCUUCUUCUACAAACGGCAUUAGUUGAUCAUGUAGCAUGUAUGCGUCCAAAUAUUCUUGUUGGAGUUGAAGAUGGUGAAUCUAUGUAUAAAAAAUGGUAUUUUGAAGUUGUUAUUGAUCAUAUUGAACAAGUAACACAUGUUCAACCACAUAUACGUAUUGGUUGGGCAACAACUGAUUUUCAACCAUCACCGGGUCAUGGUGAUGGUUUUUCAUCGAAUGGUAUUGGUGAUAAUACACAUUCAUAUGGUUUCGAUGGACGACAUGUUUGGUUUGCUGGUCGAGCAUAUGAUGUGUCAAAUCGAGUUAAUUUACCAACUGAUAAUAUGCAACAUAUUGGUUUUAAGAAAAAUGAUGUUAUUGGAUGUUUAUUAGAUUUAAAUAUUCCGGAAAUGUGGUUUUCAUUAAAUGGUUUACCUGUUAAAGGUCUUCUAAGAGAAUUUAAUUUAACUGGAAUGUUUUAUCCAGCUAUUUCUUUAUCGUCUCGUGUUAGUUGUCGAUUUAUUUUUGGUGCUGAACAUGGUCGUUUUAUUCAUCGACCACCCGAAGGUGCUGCACCACUUUAUGAAGCUAUGUUAGCUAAACAAAAAGUGACUAUUGAACCAUGUUUUUCAUUUGGAAAUAUUGAACGAAAUCGUCUUGAUGGUCCAACACAAUUUCAACAUCGUAUUGCAUUUACUCCCCAACCAGUACGAACAAGUCAUAUUGUAUUACCAAUACAUCUUGAAAAUGUUCGUGAUCGAUUAGCUGAAAAUAUUCAUGAGCUAUGGUCAAUGAAUAAAGUGUCAACUGGUUGGCAUUUUGGUGAAUAUCGAGAUGAUGCACAAAAAAUUCAUCCAUGUUUAACAUCAUUUGAUCGUCUUCCAUUAACUGAAAAACAAUAUCAUACAACAACAGCUAUGGAAAAUUUAAAGAGUUUAUUAGCUCUUGGUUAUCAUAUUGGUGUUGAAAUUAAAACAGAUGAUCGACGAUUAAAAUAUGUUAAAUUACCAAAUGCAUAUGUUCAAUCGAAUGGUUAUAAACCACAACCAUUAGAUUUAUCAAGUAUUAAUUUAUCAACAAAAAUGGAAGAAUUAAUUGAAACAUUAGCUGAAAAUACUCAUAAUGUUUGGGCAGCUGGUAGAAUUAAAGAUGGAUUUACAUAUGGAGUAGCCGAUAAUCCACGUCAAAAACGAAGUCCUCAUUUAAUUCCAUAUGCUAUUGUUGAUGAUAGUAUUAAAAAAAUCAAUCGUGAUACAGCAAGUGAAACAGUUAAAACACUUCUUGCAUAUGGUUAUACAAUUGAUACACCAACAGGUGAUAUUGAAGAUCUUAAUCGACGUAAUAAAGAAGCAGCAAAUACUGGUAAUAAUGAACGUCUUACAAAUUAUCGAACAUAUCGUGCUGAACAAACAUUUGCUGUUACACGUGGUAAAUGGUAUUAUGAAGUUGAAUUAUUAACAUCAGGUCGAAUGUUAAUUGGUUGGGCAAAUGUAUCAAAACUUGAUGCAUUUUAUCCACUUGGAACAGAUUCAUAUGGAUAUGGAUUUGAUGGUUUAAAUGCUCGACGUUUUCAUCAUAAUGUAUUCGAUGGAUUUGGUAAACAAUGGUCGAAAAAUGAUGUUGUUGGUUGUAUGAUUGAUUUACAUGAUAAAACAGUUAGUUUUUCAUUAAAUGGAGAAUUAAUGUUAGAUAAUUUUGGUAAUGAAACAGCUUUUGAUGGAUUAGAAGUUGAUGAUAUUGGUUUUGUACCAGCAUUAACGUCAUUUAGUGGACAAAAAGCUCGUUUAAAUUUUGGACAAGAUGUUAAUACAUUAAAAUAUUUUACAUCCUGUGGUUUACAAGAAGGAUAUGAACCAUUUUGUGUAAAUAUGACAAGAAGUUUAACAUUUUGGUAUUCAAAUUUUAUACCUCGUUUUGAAAUAGUGAAAUCAAAUUCACCAUCAUUUGAAUUAACUCGUGUUAAUGCAAGUCGUGAUAAUCCACCAUUAAUAAAACUUCAUUCACGAUUAUUUGGAACAUUAGAAAAAGUUGAAUUUGAAUUUCUUCGUUUAUCACUACCGUUAUGUUGUCAUGAUACAUUUACACCAAGACAUAUAACACUUGAACGACGACAAUUAGCAUUACAAGAAUAUAUUGAAUCUCAAGAAGAAAAACGUGCGUUCAUGUUUCCAGGAACAUCAAUACCUGGUACACGAACAAAAUCUUUUUCACAUGGUACAAGUGAUACAAUGGAUUCACAUUUAACUAAUCAAACAGAUACAAAUCCAAAUUUUCUUUCACCAGAUUCUAUAACAAAUAAAUCUGGACGUAAUCCAACAAAUUUACUUGUUAAAUUUCGUGAUCAAUCUUCAUCAAAAAAAGGUCCAACACCAUCAGCAUCAACACAAUCGAUGACAAAUGGAAAUGGACAAACACAUUUAGCUAAUGGUUCAUCAACAAGUGAAUCAAUGGAUCGUUUAAAUAAAGCAAAUAUGAAAGCAUCAACAAGUAAACUUAAUAAUUUCUUUCAUCGAUUUGCAAAAGAACCACAACCAACAACAAACGAUCCACAAGGAAAAACUACAAAACGUACUGUUAAAGUAAGUAGUACUAGUACAUCAAGUACAACACCACAAGUACAACCACAAUCAGUUUUAAAAGUUCCAACAAUAAAUUCUCCAACAACACCCGGUGGAACAACAAUAAAACAAUCGAAUGCUAUCAAUACAAGACGAUCAUUUACUGACAAUGAAGCGGAAUUUAAUGAUCAAGCAAAUGAUUUUGAUCAUGAUGAAAUACGUGCAAUUAAUGAACAUGUCUAUGAAUAUUAUUAUGCAGUUAGAAUAUUACCUGGACAAAAUCCUCGAUCAGUAUUUGUUGGUUGGGUUACGUCAAGAUUUAAACCAAUCUUACAAAAAGAAAUACUUUCUGAUGAUACAUUACCUACAUCAACAAAUAAAUUAUCUAAACUUAUUCGACGUUGUACAAUAACACAAACAGGAGAAGAUGGUUCAAUACUUGAAAGUGUUAAAAGACAAGAUGCUUAUAUGUUUUGUGCCAGUGAUUUAUUAGAAAAUAUGCCUGAUCAAGAAGGUGUUGCAAGACGUGUUGUUAAUGGAUUAGUCAUUGGAUGUUUAUGUGAUGUAUCAACUGGUCAUUUAACUUUUUAUGUUAAUGGAAAAGAAUCAGCACAAAAACUUGAGGUUGAACCAAGUACUAAACUUUAUCCAGCUGUAUUUGUUGAACCAACAGUAAAAGAAUUAUUACAAUUUGAAUUAGGACGUAUUAAAAAUUGUUUACCAUUAACUGCUGCUUUAUUUCCAAGUUUAAAUCGUGAAGAACGUUUUCUUCCUCAAUUACCAUCUCGUUUAAAUUUACAAUCACUUCUUCAUUGUCAUUGGUCACGUGUACCUAAUGCAAAUCUUCGUUGUCAACAAUUAAAAUUAUCUGAUGUUCGUGGAUGGAGUGUUUUUGUUGAAGAUCCUGUUCAAAUGCAAGCAGUUUAUAUACCCGAAGAUGAUCGAUGUACUGAUAUUUUAGGUUUAGUUGAAGAUGAAGAUAAUUUAAAUUUCUGUUCAAAUACAUUAACACUUUAUAAUGCUAUAUGUGCUCAAGGGAAUAAUCGUGUUUCACAUGAAAUAUGCAAAUUAGUUGAUGAAAAACAACUGAUGUAUUGUGUAAAAAAUCCUUAUUUAUGUGGUGCUAUUCGAAUUGGUAUUCAUAAUUUACUUAUUGCUUUACAUUUUGAACCACAUGUUAAAGCUCGAAGUUUAACGUCGAAUGAAUUUAUUAUUCCAUUAUCAAGUUUACUUCGAAAAAAUCAUUUAUCACGUUCACAAAUUUCAGCUGAACAACAACAUGUAAUGGCACAAUCGACUUAUAUACCAGCUAUGGAAAAUUUUCUAUCUGUAAGACCAAAAUUAAUUAAAGAAGAAGAUUUUAAAAUUGACCGUGAACGAAAAUUACUUGUUCCACCACCAUUUAAUGUUGUAGUAUUAAAAGAAUAUGUUAUGAAUUCCUUAACAGAUGCAAUUGGAAGAAAUUCUAGUCAUCUUCGAGAUCCAGUUGGUGGUUCCUAUUCAAAUUGGCUUGUACCAUUACUUCAAUUAGUUGACGCACUUCUUGUCAUGGGAUUAUUAGAAAUCAAUGAUAUUCAACAAUUAUUACAUUUAAUUGAUCCAACAUCAUUCGGAUUAGAUAGUGAUAAACAUUUAGAUGAAGGUCUAUUACAAAUGAAAUUAGAUGAACCAGUUAAACUUCAAUUAUGUUAUGUUUUACAACAUUUAUGUAAUUAUCAAUUACAAUAUCGUAUUGAAGGUACAAUUGCAUUUUCAGAAGAAUUUGUUGGAAGAUUACAAUCUGAUCAAAAACGACGUUAUGGUGUAUUAAAAGAAUCAAGUUUACCACCAGCAUUAAUGGCAAAGAAAACUCGAGAAUUUCGUUGUCCACCAAAAGAUCAAAUGCAAGCUUUAUUGGAUUUUAAAAGUGGUGCUGAUGAUGCUCCUGUUGGAAAUGAAGAUAUGCAAGAAGAAAUAAAAGAUAUGUUAAAAAAUUAUCAUUCAAAUUUACUUGUUCUACAACAAGUUGCUGAGGCAACGGAUGAAAAUAAUAAUGUAUCAAAAUUAACAAAAACUAAUGAGAAUGAUCAUGUCGAACAAGUUUCUUUAUUUUCACGUUUACUUGAAAUUCUUAUACGACAUGCUUUAACAAAGAAAGUUGAUCAAAAGUUAAUGAAUAAUCAACUAAAACAAUUAAUGUGGAAACCAACAAAAACUCUCUGUGAAGUUAUUAAAGCAACAGUUAUUAAAUGGGGUCGAGCAACACAUAUAGCUGAUCCAAUUUUAAUUCGAGAAAUGUUUAAACUGAUUUAUAAUCAAUACGAUGGCAUUGGAGAGAUCUCUCGAUGUCUCGAACGAACUUAUAUAAUAAAUGAAAAAUCAGUACCUGAUAUAAAAUUAUUAUUACGUAAAUUAAGUAUUGUUCGUGCACUUCUAACUGUUCAAAUGGAUUCAGAUGAAGAAGGAAUAAUGAUAGCUUGUUUAAAUGAUAUUAUGGAUAAUCGUGUAUUUUAUCAACACCCAGAUUUAAUGCGUUCACUUUGUGUACAUGAAACUGUUAUGGCUAUUAUGGUUAAUCGUUUAAAUAAAAGUAAACAAGAACAAACAUCAAUGGCAUCAGCAAAUGAUGUGGAAGGUCUUGCACAAACAAAUGAAGGUGGAGAAAAUCAAGAAAUUCAUCCAGCCAAAGAAGAUAAAGUUGAACUUGUAACCACAUGUUGUAAAUUUCUGUCUUAUUUUUGUCGUACAUCACGUCAUAAUCAACGUGCUAUGUUUGAACAUUUAAGUUAUUUAUUAGAAAAUAGUUCUAUGUUACUUUCACGUCCAUCUCUUCGUGGUUCAGCACCAUUAGAUGUAGCAAGUGCUAGUGUUAUGGAUAAUAAUGAAUUAGCUUUAGCUUUACGUGAAUCACAUUUAGAAAAAAUAGCAUCGUAUUUAUCACGUUGUGGUACAACAAGAAAUGAAGAAUUAUUUCUUCAAGGUUACCAUGAUAUUGGUUGGGAUCCAGUUGAUGGUGAAAGAUUUCUUGAUUUUCUAAAAUUUUGUGUGUGGGUUAAUGGCGAACCAGUUGAAGAAAAUGCUGAUUUAGUUGUUCGUCUUCUUAUUCGUCGUCCGGAUUGUUUAGGUCCAGCAUUACGAGGUGAAGGUGGUGGUUUACUUAAAGCAAUACGAGAAGGUAUUGCUCAAUCACUUUAUAUUGCUCGACGACAAAAUUCAGACGAUCCUGUUAUACAAGCUGCUUAUCAAGAAAUCAUUGAUGAUGAAAGCAUGCAUAAUUUAAAUGAAGAAUAUGAUCGUCUUCAAGUUCGUUUGCCAUAUGAAGAUGAUGAAGAAUAUAUUGAUUUGGGUGCAGCUGAAUUAUCAUUUUAUGCUAUUUUAGUCGAAUUAUUAGGUCGAUGUGCACCCUCAGAAGAAACAAUUAAAAUGGGAAAACCAAAUGCUAUACGAGCUAAAUCAAUUCUUAAAAGUCUUGUUUCAAUGCAUGAUCUUGAAGGUGUUCUCGGUCUAAAAUUUCUCUUACCAAAUGACAAUUCAAUGCCACCUGGUCUUCAACCAGCACACAAAAUGUCUAUCAUACUUUUUCUUGAACGUGUAUAUGGAAUACCCGAUCAAGAAACAUUCUUUCGUCUUGUUGAAGAUGCAUUUCUUCCUGAUAUUCGUGCUGCUACAAUUCUUGAUAUGGCAGCAAUUGCAGAAAGUGACAUGGCAUUAGCAUUAAAUCGUUAUCUAUGUACUAGUGUUAUAACAAUAAUGACUGCACAUGCACAUUAUUUUGAUGAUUGUGAUCAUCGUUCAUCACUUCUUGAAUCAACAUUACAUACGGUUUAUCGGUUAUCAAAAUGUCGUUCAUUAACAAAAAAUCAACUUGAUAUUAUUUGUGAUUUUCUACUUGCAUUUGCUAGUCAAUUAAAACCAUCAAUGAUGACACCACUAUUACGAAAACUUGUUCAUGAUGUACCAGCAUUAACUGAUCAAACGAUUGUACCAUUAAGAAUGUUAACACAAUGGUAUGAACGAUGUAGUCGAUAUUAUAGUGUUGCUGCUACGGAAGAAGAAAAACGUUUAACGAUGUUAUUGUUUCAAAAAAUAUUUGAUGCAUUAGCAUCUCGAGCUUAUGAUCCAGAAUUAUUUGGUAAAGCACUUCCAUGUUUAACAGCUAUUGGUAGUGCACUAUCACCGGAUUAUUCAUAUUCAAUAAAUCAACAAGAUAAUUUGGAUCAUGAACGAGAAAAAGUUGAAAUGUCUCGUAGUUAUGAACCAAAUCCAGCUGAUACAUCUAAUGUUGUAUUAACUCCUGAACUAGAAGAAUUUGUGAAAGCUUACGGUGAAAGUGUUCAUGAUCAAUGGUCUUAUGCUAAAAUGGAACAAGGUUGGAUUUACGGUGAACAAAUAAAUGAUAAAUAUCGACAACAUCCUAAUUUAAAACCAUAUAAAAUUCUUGACAAAAAAGAUACCGCGAAAUUAGAAGAUCCAAUUCGUGAAGCAUUAAAAUCUAUUGAAAAAUUACAAUUUCGUUUAGAAAAAACUGAUACUGGCAUGACACGUAUUGCCACAAAACCAUUACAAAGAAAAAAACAGAAAGAUAAAGUUGGGCCUGAUUAUAUACCAAAAGCAAUGGAUUUUGCAAGUGUUACAAUGAAUCGUGAAAUGCAGGACUUAUCUGAAGCUUUAGCACAAAAUGCUCAUGAAAUCUGGGCUAGACAAAUGAGAAAUCGUCUUGCUGCUAUUGGUGGUGGUCUUCAUUCUCGUCUUGUUCCAUAUGAUCUAUUAACUGAUAAAGAAAAACAAAAAGAUUUAAGAUUCUAUCAAGAUCUUGUGAAAUAUCUUAAUAUAUUUGGUUAUCGAAUUGUCAAAAAACCUGUCGAAGAUGAACCAAUAGGUAGUGCCUUAACUGCGCUUAUUACAUCGACAACAUCUUUAUCUGCAUCAAAUACAUCUCAUACAAAUGAAAAACGUUUUGCCUAUAGUUUACUAGAAAAAUUACUUGAAUAUGUUGAACGUGCAUCAUCAACAAUGCAAAAUUAUAAAGAAAGUUCGAAAUUUUCCUUACAUGAAAGUUAUCGUUUAUCAACUAAAGAUGUGAAAUUCUUUGGAAAAGUUGUUUUACCACUUGUUGAAAAAUAUUUUCAAGCACAUCGAGAUUAUUUUAUUACACCAUCAUCAUUAAAAACUGGUAGCGGUUAUGCAACAGUGAAAGAAAAAGAAAUGAGUUGUAGUUUAUUUUGUAAAUUGGCAUUUUUACUUCGACAGAAAUUCGGUGCCUUUGGUAAUGAAGUUAAUAUUGCUGUUCGUUGUCUUAAAGUUCUUGUACGAGCAAUUGAUGUUAGUUCGGUAAUGAAAAAUAGUCAAGAAAUGGUUCGUGCAUCAUUAUUACCAUUAUUUAAUAAUAUUGCUGAAGAUCUUAAUCAAACUGUACAAAAUCUUGAACAACAACGUUUUAGUCAUAUUAAAGGAACUUUACAACGUGGAACAACGAGUCUUUCAUACAUACAUAUGGUGCUUCUACCUGUACUUUCAUCAAUGCUUGAUCAUCUAGGAAAAAAUAACUAUGGAGUUGAUGUUUUCGAAAAUGAAAUUCAAUUAGCUGGUUAUAAAAUUUUAAAUGCUCUAUGGAUAAUUGGUACACAAGGAAUAAAAUUUGUUGAUCGAGAAUGGAUUGUUGAAGAAUUAAAUCGUCAUCGUCCAUUACUUGGUGAUUGUUUAAGUUCAUUUGCAUCUUGUUUUCCAAUAGCAUUUUUUGAACCUGAAUUUAAUGGUAACAAUAAACAUGCAUCAAAUAUCUCACAAUUAUCACCUGAAGCUAAUGAUGUUAUGACAAAUAUAGCACGAACAAUUCCUCAUCUGACGAAAGUUAUAGCUGAUAUUGAAGAACAUUCAGAAUCAAGAGCAACAUAUGAUGAUGCACCUUAUGUUGUAGAAGUUAUUCUUCCGUGUGUUUGUUCGUAUUUACCACAUUGGUGGUCAGUUGGUCCACAGAAAACAAAACAAUCAACUGAACCAAAAGUAACAAAUGUUACUGCAGAUCAUAUGAAUUCUAUCUUAGGAAGUAUUUUAAAACUAAUUAAUAAUAAUAUUGAUUCUGCUGAAGCACCAUGGAUGAAACGUAUUGCAGGCUAUACACAAUCAAUUAUUCUUAAUUCAUCGACAAGUCUUUUAGAACCAUAUUUCUUACCUGUAUCACAACGUUUAAAAGCUAAAUGUGAAGAUUUAUAUGCUCAAGAACAAUCUCUUAAACAUGCAACUCGUUUAGAAUCAUCUGAACGUGAAGAUCUUGAAGCUAGUUUAAUGAAAAAUUAUGAAAUUCUCGUUCGUGAUCUUUAUGCAUUUGGACCACUAUUAAUAAAAUUUGUUGAUAUACAUCGAUCAUAUUGGCUUAAAAAUGGUGAUCUAUCUGCUAAUAAAUUAUAUAAUGAUAUGGCUGAAGUUUUUUCAACAUGGUGUAAAUCAAAAUAUUUUAAACGUGAAGAACUUAAUUUUGUAAGUCAACAUGAGAUUGAUAAUACAAGUAUGUUAAUGCCAAGUGGUACAAAUCAAACAAAUACGAAUACAGCAACUACAUCAGAUCCAACAACAAUGAAAAGUCCGAAUGAUGCAUCAAAUAAUGGAGCAUUAAGUGUAAAACAAAAACGUAAAAAACGUCGUUUGGAUAAAGAAAAAUUUACAUCAUUAAGUGUUGCUUGUAUUAAACGUUUAUUACCACUUGGAAUGAAUACAUUUGGUGGACGAGAACAAGAACUCGUUCAAUUAGCUAAACAUAAAAUGAUUGACACAAAAACUGCUCAAGAUGAAAAAAUUGAAAAUCCAACUGAGGAACAAAUGGUUUUAGAUCUAACGAGUGAUCAAGAAGAAAACAUCGAAGAAUUUCUUCGUGAUAUAUUUUUUGCCCAAGAACAAGGAGAAAUUGUUAAUAAAAAUAAUUGGCAAAGUGCAUUAUAUCGAAAGAUUGGUUCGAAAUCUCAUCAAACUGGUAUAAUACAUUCACAAGCAACUUCAAUAAAAAAUAUGUUAAAAAUGGCUAAAGUUUUAUUUGGUUUAAAUCUUGUUGAUCAUCCUCCAACACAUCAACGAAAUACAUGGAGAAAACUUGUCUCAUCUCAACGUAAAAAAGCUAUUAUGGCUUGUUUUCGUAUGGCACCAUUACAUUCUGUACCAAGACAUCGAGCAAUGAAUAUGUUCUUACGUGCUUAUCGAGAAUUAUGGCUUGAAGCUGAAGAAGAUACACGUGCACGUUUAAUUGAACAUCUUUGUGAGGAAUAUCAAGAAGUGAAUGAUCAAGAAGUAACAACAAUUAAAGAAGAGAGUGAAACUGAAACAGAAGUAUUAACAUUGACAAUGACGAUUAAACCCGAUCCAUUAAGACAAUUAUUACAAUGUUUAAAUCGAGCUGCAACUACAGCACAAGUUUUUUCAAUAACAGAUGAUAUUGUCUAUUUAUCUUAUUCAACUAUAAUGAGCAAAAGUUGUGUUAUUGAAGAAGAUAAUGAUGAUGAUGGAGCAGAAGAAGUGAAAUCUUUUCAGGAACAAGAAAUGGAAAAACAAAAGUUACUCUAUGAACAAAAUCGUUUAGCUAAUCGAGGUGCUGCUGAAACUGUAUUAUUAUAUAUAAGUGCAAGCAAAGGUGAAAAUAAUGAAAUGCUUAAUCGAACAUUACAACUUGGUAUAUCAUUAUUACAUGGUGGUAAUCGUGAAGUUCAAAAACGAAUGUUGGAUUAUUUAAAAGAAACACGAGAUGUUGGAUGUUUUACAUCAUUAGCAACAUUAAUGGCUAAUUGUAGUGUACUUGAUCUUGAUACAUUUGAACGUUGUAUUAAAGCAGAAGUACUUGGCGUUGGUUCGGAAGGAAUGGCUGGUGAAAAAAAUUUACAUGAUGCUGAUUUUACGAUUUCACUAUUUCGCUUUUGUCAACUUUUAUGUGAAGGACAUAAUCUUGAAUUUCAAAAUUAUCUUCGUUCACAACCUGGAAGCAAUACAAAUGUUAAUAUUAUUAUUUGUACUGUUGAUUAUUUACUCAGUUUACAAGAAUCAUUAAUGGAUUUCUAUUGGCAUUAUUCAGGAAAAGAAACAGUUGAUGCACAUGGAAAAGAAAAUUUUUGUCGAGCUAUUAAUGUUGCUAAACAAGUUUUUAAUACAUUAACUGAAUAUAUUCAGGGUCCAUGCCCACAAAAUCAAUUAGCAUUGGCUAACAGUCGUUUAUGGGAUGCAAUAUCAGGUUUUCUUUAUAUUUUUGCACAUAUGCAACGGAAAUUAUCUCUAGAUCCAAUGCAAAUUGAAUUAUUACGAGAAUUAAUGAAAUUACAAAAAGAUAUGAUUAUUAUGUUAUUAUCAAUGCUUGAAGGCAAUGUUCUCAAUGGUCCAAUUGGUAAACAAAUGGUUGAUACAUUAAUUGAAUCUCAAUCAAAUGUUGAAUUAUUACUACAAUUUUUUGAUAUAUUUCUUAAAAUGAAAGGUUUAACAACAUCCGAAGCAUUUCAAGAAUUUGAUUUAAAUAAAGAUGGAUUUAUUUCACCAAAAGAAUUUCGUAAAGCUAUGGAAGCACAAAAGAUGUAUACAAAUCAAGAUAUUGAUUAUAUAUUAAUGUGUGUUGAUACAAAUCAAGAUGGAAAAAUUGAUUUUAUGGAAUUUACUGAACGUUUUCAUAAUCCAGCCAAGGAUAUUGGUUUCAAUAUGGCUGUUUUAUUAAUCAAUCUAUCUGAACAUAUGCCACAUGAUACACGUUUACAACGUUUAAUGGAUAAAGCGAAAAGCUUUCUAUCAUAUUUCUCAGAGUUUCUUGGUAGAAUUGAAAUCAAAGGUGGUGCUGGUUAUAUUGAACGUGUAUAUUUUGAAAUAACUGAAUCGAAUAUUGAACAAUGGAAUAAACCACAUAUUAAAGAAUCGAAAAAAGCAUUUUUACAUUUUAAUGUUAAUCAAACAGAUGAUAAAGAAAAAUUAGAACAAUUUAUUAAUUUCUGUGAAGAUACGAUUUUUGAAAUGCAACAUGCAGUUGCUCUUAGUGGUGAAGAAGAUGAUCAACAAACUCAAACUGCUCCAUUUUCUGAUGAUGAAACAGGCAGUCCACCACCACCAAAUGAACCAGUUAAAUUAGCUUUAUCUUACAUUUGGUCUGGUAUAAAAGGUCUAUUUCAUUUACUUCGUCCAUCAACAAUACGUAAUGGAUAUCAUCAAUUUCGUCAAAUGACCUUUAAAGAUAUGAUUAAAAGUCUAUUUUCUCUAUUCAUUUACAUUAUGCGUUUAUUAUUUAUAAUAUUAAUCUACGCUUUAAGAACAUUAACAUAUUGUAUUUGGAAUUUAAUGGCUGGAGAAGAACAACCAGAAGUAAAACAAGAGAGAGUUGCUUUACCACCACCAACAAAACGACGUGAUCUUCAUUUACCAUCAGUUAAUAUUGCACAAGCUGGAUUUAGUUCUGCUGAAGAAUCAGCACCAACAAUAAAUGCAUUUGGUAUUGGUCUUAGUUCUGAUUCAGAACCAAAUAAUAAAAUAUCUUCAAUGGAGGAAUCAAUAAAUAUACUUAAUUUUGAUAGUGUUCAAACAUUUGAUUCCGAUCAAAAACCUUUAUUUGUCAAUAAUAUUGAUUCAUCACUUGGCCAAGCAACACCAUCAUCAGUGACUACUUCAACACAUAUGAUUCCAUUAACUCAACAUACUCAACAUCAACAUUCAAUAACUGCUUCAGUACCACAUCAACCACAAUUAACAACAACAAUACAUAUGUCACCAAAUGUUAUUGAAAAAUCUAAACAAGCACUUCAAGUUAAUAUUCAAGCUGAAUAUCAACAAAAACCUUCAAUAAUCAAUCAAAACGGAGCAGGUCUAGUAGAAGAUGACGAUUUUAUUCCACCAGAACCACCAGCAAGAAAAGAUUAUGGAAAGAAAGCUUUGGCAUUAGUAGCAAGAAAUUAUCAUCAAUUAAAAUUCAUGGCUCUUUGUCUUGCUUUUGUAAUUAAUUUUCUAAUGCUUUUCUACAAAGCUAUGCCAUUAGCUGCAGCAGCAACUGAGUCAGUUCCACCGGAUGCAAUCGAACGUAUUGAUGAAGAUGAGGAUGAAGUAAUUAUGAUGGAUCCGAAGAAUUUCUAUAUGGUUUAUUUAUUACAAAUAAGUGCAUUUUUACAUUCAUCGAUUGCAUUUCUAAUGAUGAUCAGUUAUUACAAACUUAAAGUACCUUUGGUUAUAUUUAAACGAGAAAAAGAAAUUGCUCGUAAAUUAGAAUUUGAAGGUGCUUGGUUAAUUGAUCAACAGAGUGAAAAUAGUUCUUGGAUAUUAUCAUAUUUAUCGCGUGAAUGGCAUAAACUUGUUAUAAGUUCAAAAUCAUUUCCGGAUUCAUAUUGGGAUAAAUUCGUUAAGAAAAAAGUUCGAAAUAAAUAUUCCGAUCAAUUUGAUUAUGAUGAAUUAAGUCGAUUUUUGGGAAUGGAAAAAAAUGACACACCUGGAAAAUUUGAAAUUGUUAAACCAGUUGAAACUGGUUUAUGGGGAAAAAUUCAGUCUAUUGAUAUACGUUAUCAAGUUUGGAAAUGGGGUGUUAUUUUUACUGAUAAUUCAUUUCUCUAUGUAUUCUUCUACUUUAUAUUCUCCGUUAUUGGCAAUUUUUCAUAUUUUGUCUUUGCUAUUCAUUUACUGGAUGUUGCAAUAAGUGUUAAAGCAUUAAGUACCAUAUUGAAAUCAAUUACUCAUAAUGGUCGACAAUUACUUUUAACAAUUAUGUUAAUGGCUGUACUUGUUUAUCUUUAUACAGUUAUUGCAUUUAAUUUCUUCCGUAAAUUUUAUACCAAAGAAGAAGAUGAAGAAAAAGAAGAAAAUUGUAAAGAUAUGUUUACUUGUUUUAAAUUUCAUCUGUAUUCUGGUAUACGAGCUGGUGGUGGUAUUGGUGAUGAACUUGAAUCUCCGAAUGGAGAUCCACUGGAAUUAUAUCGAAUUAUUUUUGAUAUAACAUUCUUCUUUUUUAUUAUCGUUAUUCUUCUUGCUAUUAUUCAAGGUUUGAUUAUUGAUGCAUUUGGUGAUCUUCGAGAACAGCUUGAUUCAGUCAAAGAAACACUUGAAUCAAAAUGUUUUAUUUGUGGUAUUGGUCAAGAUUAUUUUGAUAAAGAACCGCAUGGGUUUGAAACACAUACAACAGCAGAACAUAAUUUUGCAAAUUAUAUGUUCUUUCUAACGCAUCUUUUAAAUAAACCUGACACAGAACAUACUGGACAGGAAAGUUAUGUUUGGGAAAUGUAUCAAAGCCGUAAAUGGGAUUUUUUUCCUGUUGGUGAUUGUUUUCGACGUCAAUAUGAACCGGGAGGCGGUGGAGCAACAUCAACAGAAAGUUAA